AUGCUCUUGCAGGAAGCGAGAUAUGAGAUCAAAGACCCGAAGAUGCACACGAAGGGCGGGACACCGGAGAACACCGUGAACGAAGGUCGGACGAAGGAAAUGAUGAUGGGAGGACCCCCCGGGCACCCCGGGGUGGUUAUGGGAACACCACUAGAGACCAUGAGGCAAGGAACCCCCAGUUCCGGACUUGGGGAUGGAAGCCAGCUCCCCGAAGGGAUCGGGGAGACCGAAGGAAUCGGGGAGACCGAAGGAAUCGGGGAGACCGAAGGGAUCGGGGAGACCGUGGAAGGGGACCUGGAGGCCUGCAAUACUCAUUCUAUCCUAGGAACGGCUCAUCACGGUUUAACCUCUACCCUCAACCAAUUGUGCAUUCUCAACCCGAGUAACAUCGACAAAUAUUCCAGGAUCGCUUUCCCGGUCUGCUUCAUCUGCUUCAAUUUCAUGUACUGGAUCAUUUACUUGCACAUCAGUGACGAGAUCGCCGAUGAUUUGAUCCUCAUCUAA